GUCACAAAUAAUGCUCCACCACAUGGUUGGUUCUUGUGAUAGUCGUCAACUCUAUAUAAAUGGAGGAGAUUAUGACCUAGAAAUUACAAUAUCAUUUGUGUUACCUCUUUGCUAGUUUUGAUUAGAUCUACAACAAGAAAUUAAAGAAAUGGCUUUCAGGGCAGCGAGAAAUGUAGGAUUGAGGUUGGGAGGAGGAAGGCGAUCAAUUGCUACUGCCAGCGCUAAAAAGCAUGAUGAUUGGGCGACUCUGAAGGCAGAGUUAGCACCGGUGUACAUGGUGUGCGGAAUGGUGGCAAUGGCUGUGGCAAUUGGAUCACACACUGCGUUUCAACAACUGGCGCGUUCUCCAACUGUUCAUAUAAACAAGAAGAGAAGAGAGAGCAUGCCAGAGGUCUCUGAUCCUGAUCGCACCUUCAACUCCGCCACCAAAUUCAUCGAUGGUUCCUUCUUAAGGAAACUCUCUCACAUUCAAGACAACAACCCCACACUCCACGACCCUUCCCACCCUAAUCCUUUCACCACUCCUCGAACCGCUCACACCUUGAAGACUGUGGGCGUUCACCCCUCCAGCCGUUGAUCCUUCUUUCAUUUUCACUAUUUCUAAAUAUGACAACUUUCUCCACCUAUAUAUUUUUUCUAAUUUUCCAUUUCUAUGCUAAGAAAUAUUGUAAAUAAGCCAAUUAAUGUUUUAUAUUUAUUUAUUUAUUGGCCCAUUAGUCUUAGGAUAGCUGAGACUCACGCGGCGCCACUUCAAUAAUUAGAUCUCUGCAUGAUCUUCUACUCAUGCAGCUUUGUGUAUAUAUAUAUAUAUCUAUAUAUUAUAUAAAUAACAUCUGAAAUAAAGCCACCACGGCAAUUCCAUGAGCAUCA